GACGUCAUAAUUUGCCAGUUUGAUAAGGAAAAACUUGGAAUUUUGAGAAUAAAGAACUAGUUUCGAAGAAAGAAAUCGUCCGGAGCAUUAAAUUUGUUCAAAGUUGGUUAAAUUUCGUAGUAAAAGUGUCCAUCAUGAGUUCACCUUGCUGUGGAACUAAAAAGCAGAAGCUCAACAACACUACGAGUGUUUUAUGCCACAGUAUUUUGAACAACAAAGAAAAUGGCAAUGAUACAGUGGCCAGCCAUGAAAUGUGUUUUUUCUGCUUCGAUGUUCUUUAUUCUCAUCUACAUAGCUUAGAACCACCGAAAAAUCCCGACUUCAGUAACGAUCCUUAUCCUUUGUUCGUGACCUGGAAAAUUGGCAAAGACAAACGUCUACGAGGAUGUAUUGGCACGUUUGGUGCGAUCAACCUGCAUAAUGGGUUGAGGGAAUACGCUGUUACGAGCGCUUGUAACGAUACUCGAUUCAGUCCGAUAACUACGGAUGAAUUAUCAAAACUGCACGUAUCUGUAUCAAUUUUGAGACAUUUCGAAGAUGGAGCUGACUAUCGCGAUUGGGAAGUCGGUGUACAUGGUAUAAGAAUCGAAUUCCAUAACGAAAAAGGCCACAAACGUACUGCCACUUAUUUACCCGAAGUCGCGUCCGAGCAAGGUUGGGACCAAGUACAAACGAUCGAUUCUUUACUGAGAAAAGGCGGUUUCAAAGGUCCAGUCACUCCGGAUAUAAGAAGAAAUAUAAAACUAACUAGGUACCGGAGUGAGAAAGUCAGCGUUAGUUAUCAAGACUACGUUGCGAAUAUGAAAACAUCCAAUAAUUGCUAGCAACUACUCAGGGGCUACGAAAAAAGCCCCUGCGUGUAUCCAAGCUACACUAACGAUUCUACCGUAAUUCCCAUACAACGUUCUUCGUAUUCGUAUCCGUCUCAGCAUCAUCAGCAUCAUCAUGUGCCUUCGUCGUAUAUGUACAAUAACUCCAACGUCAGCUUGUACCAGCCAACUUUGGUUGUACCUCCGCCACCGUCAGCUAGAUUUACAUAUUCGCACGUUUUGAGUACACCUUCAUCGUCGUAUUCGAUGUACCCUUCGUAUCAACCUCAGCAACCUCAUUCGAUUAAUCCUAAUGGAUUCCAUCGGGCCCCGUUCUCGUAUAAUCCGCCUAUGGCCGGAAUGCCCUUCUUUAACGAUUACCCUGAUAACAUGAUGUACUCUGUAGGAAAACGUAAAUGACCUGGUGUUAUAAUUUGUACCGUGUAUUUCUCGUAUCGUUGUAUUUUAUUCGGUUCUGUAUGUUUACAAAUCGUAUUCGAUACCAUUGUCUCGUCUAUUCUACAUUAUGUACAGUAUUUUAAAUGAUAUUUUUUAUCGUCUCGAACCGAUCAUGUGUUCAGGAUUGCAUCCGCUGCAUACUGUGACGACUCCGUUUCUCGUUUAGGUUGUACAUAAGUGUAUUAUUUUUAUUCUAUUUCGUCUCCUUCAAAUUUAUUAUAACAGAUCUUUUAUGCUUAGUUACGAUCAGUGGGUUUAAAAAGAAAUCAUGUUUAGGCUUUGGUCCGAGUCGAGUGUAUUUGUAAUUUGUAUGCAUGUAGGCUUUAACGUAUGUAAAUCUCCCAAUUGUAUUUUUAGCAUUUUUUUAAUUCGCCUUAUAUGUACAGUAUGGCACAAAAGUAAUGCUCGGUGGCUUUUAUUUCUAUGCCCAUGCACAGGGUGUCCACAAAUUGAAAACCCGGUUUGGUCAAAAAAUUCUAACUGGUUUUUAUUAGGCCAAUGUGUUCUACACACUAAGGCGACAAAAACGUGAUAUGAAUUUUUUGAAACCGGUUCAUCAAUUUGCAACCAGUUAUACCAAUUAUCAAAAAUUACCAAAAGAAUGAAGAUAGCGAAAAAAGUUUGAAACAUAAGUUGUAGAACGUGCAGUGUGAAAAAUUGAACUAAUUUUUGCUGAUCAGAUUUUAAAAUUAGUUCAUUAAUUUGCGGAAAGCCUUCGAAAGAUACCUGGUUGCAAAUUAAUUAGCCAUUUACAAAAUCUGAUCAACAAAAAUAGUUCAAUUUUUUACGCUCUACAACUUUUGAUUCAAGCUUUUUUUUCUAUCUCCAACUUUUUAGUUGAUUGUCCAGAACUGGUUUCUAAAUGCGAACCAAUGAACCGGUUUCAAAGUGUGAUUGAACAGAAUUGUGUAAUUUUUCAUGCCCUGCAACUUUUGUUUCAAGCUUUUUUCUCGAUAUCCAAGUUUUAGGUCAUUUUUGAUAACUGGUUGCAAAUUAAUGAACCGGUUUCAAAAUCUGAUCAGCGAAAAUGGUUCAAUUCUUCACGCUCUACAAUUUUUGUUUCAAGCUUUUUUCUCUAUUUCCAACUUUUUAGUUGAUUGUCAAAAACUGGUUGCUAAAUGCGAACCAAUGAACCGGUUUCAAAAUGUGAUUGAACAGAAUUGUGUAAUUUUCCACGCCCUACAACUUUUGUUUCAAGUUUUUUUCUCGAUGUCCAAUUUUUAUGUAAUUUUUGUUUGAUAACUGGUUGAAAAUUAUUAAACUGGUUUUAAAAUCUGAUCAGCGAAAAUGGUUCAAUUUUUCACGCUCUACAAAUUUGUUCCAAGCUUUUCUCUCCAUCUUCAAUUUUCAGGUGACUGUCAAAAACUGGUUGCUAAAUCCGAACCAACGAACCGGUUUCAAAAUGUGAUUGAACAGAAUUGUGUAAUUUUUCACGCUCUAUAACUUUUGUUUCAAGCUUUUUUCUGUAUCUACAAUUUUUGGGUACUUUUUGUUAAAUGGUUGCAAAUUAAUGAACCGGUUUCAAAAAAUUCAUAUCACGUUUUUGUCGCCUUAGUGUUUAGAAUACUUUGCGCCAAUAAUAACCAGUUUGAAUUUUUUCACCAAACCGGUUUUUCAAUUUAUGGACACCCUGUGCAUGGGCCUGAAAUUUUCAAGGUCGGUUUUGAAAGUCCUUAUUUUUCCCUACUCAACGCCGCUUCAUUCAUUUCGCUAGCUCUUUCCACUUAGAAAUGAAAGCCACCGAGCACUACUUUUGUGUCAUACUGUAUUUUAUCAGUGUUGGGUUUUUUUUCUUUUUAUAUUAUUUCAGUGUCUUCCUCCGAAGAUUUUUUUUUUCGUCGCUUGUAAUUAAUAUUUCAUAUUUUUCUUCUGCAGAUGUUACUUGGGAUUUUAUUCUUUUUAAAUCCACGCUCGCACAGACGUGUAUUUUCCACUAAUAACUGAUUCCAAACCCGACUGUGGUUAUCGAAAGCAAACCGCCAUCGUUCGGUUUUAUUGUACGAGGUGUUUCUGUGAUGAAAUAUGAACGAACAACGAAAGUACAAUUAGAAAAAUUAACGAGCUUAAUAUCUUAACAUGUUUUAUCCAGUUUAUUGUGAUCAAGUUAAUUUUAUAAUCCGGGCGAUGAAACGAUUUCUGAUUAUUUUAUCAAUAUCAAUGUUAUUGUGUUGUUUAGAUUUUCAAAAGGUGAUAUUUGAUAUAAUAUAUUUUGUGGAGAAAUUUUACAAAGACAAAAAAAAAAAGGUUGCACAUUUUUUGUUUUUCUUUUGAAAAUGAGUCCCCCAGUCUAUCGUUUAUGUAAUUAAUUUACGAGUAUGUAUUAUUCGUGUUGAGAAAUUGGUACAUAAUUUCUACUAAGUAUGCAUAUUUACCUACUUAUUCUUUUUUUUUUUUUUUUGUUUAUGUAUAUUCUCGCUUUAUAAUAUGUAAAAAGACGAAUGAAUUAGCUGAGAAAGUAUCGAAUUUUUCGCACAGUUAUGAUCUCAAAAAAAAUAUCACUUGGAGACCGGAAGACUACCUAUUUCAAGUAAACGAACGUAUUAUAAGGGCGAUCAAAGUACUUAAAACGCGCUGAUAAAUUGCUCACACCAUUACGGUUCGACGAAAUAAUUUUUUUAACAUCACUGCCAAAUUUGGAACUUGAAAAAAAGUAUGUACUUAAAAAAAUGACGACCUAAUGAUUCGAUCAAUUCAUAAUAGGCUAAACAAUAGGUUUGUAUUUGUGUAAAAUUAAACGAUAUAAUUGUCGACGUCAAUUAGAUGUAUAGUAAUCAGAUAGUACAUAAAUAUAGGUACUUACAAUAUGUGAUGGAAAACAGUCCUAAUUCAGCGUUGUCAUUGAAAAAAAAAAUCGCUAUCGUUUAAUUGUUUUUAACCUUUUGUUUAUUAAUGUCUGUUAAUUUUAUUAAAUAUAUGUACGAUUUGCUCUCAGA